AUGCUUGGCGCAGCUCCUGCCUACGCCGACAAGAUCGAUGAUGCCGCCAAAGUCCUCUCAGAGAAGUCCUAUCCUUUCCUGAAAGAGAUCGAUUGGACUGCUGACUAUGCAAAAAACAUCCCGGGAGCCGAUCCUUUGCAGAUCCUCAAAGCCAUCGACAAGACCCUGAUCAUGGGUGCUGCUAUGGACCCGGCUGCCCUCAAGGCUGGUGACCUGGCACACAGUAAGGGAAUCAGCAGCAUGGAUGCCAAGGGUGUGACCACACUGGCUGAUUACACGGCCAUGAACGCCAAGACCCUGGAUGUGUACAACGCCUGGGCAGGCAUCGUGGCCGCGGCAGUGGCAUCAGGCAAGGCAAUCCCUGAGUACCUCAUUGGCACUGUGAACCCCGCAGAUGCCAAGGCAGCUUACGACGCAUUCUUUAAGUUCAAGGACGUGGUGAAGUCCACGAUGACGUAA